AUGGCAAUUGCAUGGAUGGACUCGUACACCCGAUGGGCGGCGGACUUCCGUGGCGAACAUCUACGGAGUUGGAUGCGUGAUCACACGGAGGUGCCUGCUGUUGCGGUGGUGCUGUAUCUUAUCCUUGUACUGUACGUACCUGAAAACGUCAUGGCGCACCGCAAUCCUAUAAAACUGCGUUUUCUGAACAUGUUAUGGAAUCUGCUGCUCACAGUGUUCUCUAUAUGCGGGGCGUACUACUGUUUACCGCGACUGUGGGAAGUCCUCACGUCACCGCGCAUCAGUGGGCUGAUGGCUGACCCCAAUUUGGGCCCUAAUGCCCCUCCACCAAAAUUGCCAGGCAGCUUUUAUAACUCGGCCUGCGCAUGGAACGAUAAGAUCUUCUUUGACGGCUUUGUGGGAUUGUGGGUAGCUGCCUUUGUUCUUUCUAAGAUUCCAGAGAUGAUCGACACGGUCUUUCUUGUUUUUCAGAAGAAACCAGUGAUCUUUUUACAUUGGUAUCAUCAUGCCACGGUGAUGCUGUUUUGUUGGCAUGCAUACGCAUACACCAUUUCUAGUGGACUGUGGUUUGCGACUAUGAAUUACUGCGUACAUUCCAUCAUGUACUUUUAUUACUUUAUGUGUGCCUGUGGGAUGCGCAAAGUUAUUCGCCCUAUUGCCCCUCUCAUUACAAUGAUGCAAAUUCUUCAAAUGGUGGCAGGGACUCUUAUCGUUUUGUACACUUACGUAAAGAAGCAGUUUAUGGGCGAAUUCUGUGCCGUCAAUAAUCCAAGUUUGCGAAUGGGACUCCUGAUGUAUGUCAGUUACUUGUUUCUCUUUUCGCAGCUGUACUAUCGCAGUUACAUCAGCCCCGCGGCGGCACGAACGCUGAGGAUGGCGAACGGGGAGAAAAAAGGAAAGUAA